CGGGGCGAUCUCCCUGUCCUCGGGCAGCGCCCCCGCCUCCGCGCAGCCCGCCUCCUACCCCGCGCUGAGCGCGCAGGCUGCCCGGGACCCCGCCGCCUUCUGGGGGCCGGUGGCGCGGGACACGCUCGUGUGGGACACCCCGUACCACACCGUCUGGGACUGCGACUUCCGCAGUGGCAAGAUCGGCUGGUUCCUGGGAGGCCAGUUAAACGUGUCGGUCAACUGCUUGGACCAGCAUGUUCAGAAGGCCCCCGAGAGCAUCGCUUUGAUCUGGGAGCGUGACGAGCCUGGAACCGAAGUGAGGAUCACCUACAGGGAACUGCUGGAGACCACCUGCCGCCUGGCCAACACGCUGAAGAGGCAUGGAGUCCAGCGAGGAGACCGCGUGGCCAUCUACAUGCCUGUGUCUCCGCUGGCUGUGGCAGCGAUGCUGGCCUGUGCCAGGAUUGGAGCUGUCCACACAGUUGUCUUUGCUGGCUUUAGUGCGGAAUCCUUGGCUGGGAGGAUCAAUAAUGCCAAGUGCAAGGUGGUUAUCACUUUCAACCAAGGACUCCGGGGAGGGCGCGUGGUGGAGCUGAAGAAAAUCGUGGAUGAAGCUGUGAAACAGUGCCCGACCAUCCAGCGUGUCCUUGUGGCUCACAGGACAGACAACAAGGUCCACAUGGGGGAGCUGGAUGUGCCCCUCGAGCAGGAAAUGGCCAGGGAGGACCCCGUGUGCGCCCCAGAGAGCAUGGGUAGUGAGGACAUGCUCUUUCUGCUCUACACCUCGGGGAGCACAGGGACGCCCAAGGGGCUCGUGCACACCCAGGCGGGCUACCUGCUGUAUGCCGCCCUGACUCACAAGCUCGUGUUUGACUACCAGCCUGGUGACGUGUUCGGAUGUGUGGCUGACAUCGGCUGGAUCACAGGACACAGCUAUGUGGUCUAUGGGCCCCUCUGCAAUGGAGCCACCAGCAUCCUUUUCGAGAGCACCCCAGUUUACCCCGAUGCUGGUCGGUACUGGGAGACGGUGCAGAGGUUGAAGAUCAAUCAGUUCUACGGCGCCCCGACGGCUGUCCGGCUGCUGCUGAAAUACGGCGAUGCCUGGGUAAAGAAGUAUGACCGCUCCUCCCUGCGGACCCUGGGGUCAGUUGGAGAACCCAUCAACCAAGAGGCCUGGGAGUGGCUGUACAAGGUGGUGGGGGACAGCCGGUGCACGCUGGUGGACACCUGGUGGCAGACAGAGACAGGCGGCAUCUGCAUCGCACCGAGGCCCUCAGAAGAAGGGGCAGAAAUCCUCCCCGGCAUGGCCAUGAGACCCUUCUAUGGCAUCGUCCCCAUUCUCAUGGACGAGCAGGGAAAUGUAAUGGAGGGCCGUGAUGUCUCCGGGGCCCUGUGCCUCUCCCAGGCCUGGCCAGGCAUGGCCAGGACCAUCUAUGGUGACCACCAGAGAUUCGUCGAUGCCUACUUCAAGGCGUAUCCAGGCUAUUACUUCACCGGAGACGGGGCUUACCGAACCCAGGAGGGCUACUACCAGAUCACGGGGCGGAUGGAUGAUGUCAUCAACAUCAGCGGCCACCGGCUGGGGACCGCGGAGAUCGAGGACGCCAUGGCUGACCACCCUGCAGUUCCAGAAACUGCUGUCAUCGGCUACCCCCACGACAUCAAAGGAGAAGCCGCGUUUGCCUUCAUCGUGCUGAAAGACGACACGGGUGACCCCGACGUGGUGAAGAAGGAGCUCAAGUCCAUGGUGGCCACCAAGAUCGCCAAAUACGCCGUGCCUGACCAGAUCCUGGUGGUGAAACGUCUGCCGAAAACGCGGUCUGGAAAAGUAAUGCGGCGGCUGCUAAGGAAGAUCAUCACAGGCAAAGCCCAGGACCUGGGGGACACCACCACCCUAGAGGACCCCAGUGUCAUCACGGAGAUCCUGGGCGCCUACCAGAAGCACAAGGACAAAGGGGGCGUUGCUAAGUGAGAAGGCGCACUGUGCCCGGGCUCGGCCUGAGUUGGCGCCCGGCCCCUGGCUUGUCCUCGGAGCACAGCCUGGGGCUGGCUAGCUGAGUGUCCCAGGAGUACCCGCUCCCAGCACUGCCCAGCACCACCCUGAAUGUGAACGUGCAGUCAGGCUCAACCUCCCUCUCCUGCUGGAGACCCUGCAGCCCGUGCCACCAGAUGCCGCUGGGGUGUGCUGGUCUUGUCCUGGGUUUGGCUUCCGGGACGGAGUCCUGUCACCUCUGUCUCUGCUCCCCAGACAGCCCAGGAAGGUGAGGGCCUGCUGAGCAUGCCUGCUCAGAGAACUUGGACGUAGACGCAAUCAUGUUGCCUCCAGAUGCUUCCAGAUACACAAGGCAGAGAUUUUAUUUUUAUACUUUUGUAUUUGGGGAGAGCCAUGUGUGAGCCUUCAUUGUAGUGUGUGGAUGCCCUCGUGUGCACUCACAGUAGCGCUCCGUCAGUCUCGCCUUUUGUUCCCUCCCUGCUGGAGCAAUGUGCUAAGGGCCGAGGGCACCUUUAGCGACUGUCCGUGAGCUGUAGUCUGCACUGGGGCCAUCAGUUCUCCACCUCAGCACAGGGCUCUGAGGCCCACAAGCCGGCAGAGCCCUGGCUGUGCCUGCCACUCUGUGUCUGUCCAUGCAGAAUGGAAUGAACCCCUAAGCGAUGGGAUGACCUUCUGACCUUUGGAACUAAAAGUUCGAAGCUACUCCAGUCCAACCCGUGUCUCCAAGCUGAGGUCCGGAAACACCCCCACCCCUCCCCCGCCCUCUGCAUCUCUCAGUAGGAGGUCAGCAUGUCCCAAAUAUAUGGCUGUUCAGCGAAGCUGGGGGAAAUACUGGUGGCUAGUUAGAGCCCGAGUUUGACCAGACCUGGUCCUCGCUGAGUCUGCCUGCCCCUCACUCCGUGGCUGGGCAGUUAAGAACCAGGGAGGCCGGGUGCUGAGCUGGCAGCUCUGGCCCACUGGCUCUCCUUUGAGAUGCACCUUAAGUCCUCUGGACAUGAGCCAGAAGUUGCAGUUGAUGAGGUCACCCAGUGUGUAUUGUGUAGCUAAGCAUGUGAGAGUGUGGGACAGGGGAAGGCUGUGGUGAGCUGGGUCCUUGAGGGCAGGGAAGGUUGUCCUUUGUCCCACCAUGCCUUGUGGCUAUAUAGGGGGUGUCCAGCCAGUGUCUGGGUGCUGAGUGGUGCUCAGGGCCACGGUUGUGCUGGCCUUGCGAGUGGCCAGGAGAGCAUGCCAUGACAACCAGCACGUGGCCUGGGCUGCACAUACACUGUGGGAGGGGCUUCUCUUACAGGCUUAGCAACACAGGCCACGUGGGGACCUGGCGCCAUGGCUGCCGUGCUAUUCAUGAAAUGGCUUAGGCGUCCAUGUUGCUGAGAUCAGCCGGGUGGUGGUCAGGGCCUCAAAGGGCUUGCAGGGGAGUUCAAAUAAAGCUUUGUUUUGUCCAC